AUGAGCACACAUGGUACUUUACAAGUAACAAUUGUUGAAGGUCGUAAUUUGAAAGAUAAGGAUAUUGUCGGUAAAGAUGAUGCAUAUGUUGAACUUUAUUUGGAUAAAGAUUAUAAACAACGAACGACAACAGCCAAAGAUACCAAUAGUCCAACAUGGAAUCAAACUUUUACAUUUCAGUUACGCAAACAUCAAGAUGAAUUACAUUUACAUGUCUAUGAUGAUGAUGUCGUUGGUCGAGAUUCAAUUGGUUCAAAAACAAUUAAUUUGAAGAAACAUGUCUUCGGCAAAGGUGUAUACGAUGCUUGGGUUAAAUUACCCGCUCAUUUAGGUCUUGGUUCACAUGGUGAAGUUCAUGUUAUCAUUCAACAUAGUGUAAAUAAAAUUAUUUCAUAA